AUGGCGUCCAAAGUGAUCAAUGCAGCAAAGCUGCUGAGCAAGAGAUCCCAUGUCAUUCCAGGGCAAUUCCUCGUAUCGGAACUCUUCUUUGAGGUACCCAAGGACUACAACAACCAGUCUGCAGGCGUCCUCAGGCUCUUCGGCAGAAGUGUCACCAAGCACGAGAGACCCAUAGUUGCCCCGACUGAGUCUGAGAAGAGGCAAGCUGAGCAAAAGCCAUGGAUGGUGUUCCUGCAGGGAGGACCCGGAUUUGGCAAUCCAGAGCCUCAAGACAGCCCUGUCACCCAUACCGCACUUGAUCGGGGAUAUCAAGUUCUGUUCCUCGACUACAGAGGCGUCGGCCUGAGCUCGCCCGUGUCAGCUGCUGCUCUAGCACUCCAUGGCGAUGCUCAGAAACAGGCCGAUCACCUCAAGCUGCUUCGUCAAGACAACAUCGUCAAGGACUGCGAAGCCGUGAGGGCCUACCUCACAAAGGAUUUCCCGGAGGAGAAGAGGAAAUGGUCCCUUUUCGGACAGUCUUUUGGUGGUUUCGUCAUUCUGACAUACCUCUCCAAGUACCCCGAAGCUUUGCGCGAGUGCUUCCUGACUGGCGGCCUUGCCCCCGUUGGCAAGAAACCGGAGCAGGUCUACGAAGCAACCUUCAAGAAAGUCAUGGAGAGGAACCACGCAUACUACGAGAAGUACCCUGAGGACAUUGAGAAUGUCCAUCAGGUGGCCCGGUUCAUCCAGGAGAAGAAAAAGAUCAAUCUACCUGGUGGCGGCUUUCUCACUGUUCCUCGGCUGCUCACCUUGGGACUCGCAUUCGGCGGCCACGGCGGUCUCGAUUCUGUCCACAGCACGGUUCUCAAGUUGAAGACAGACCUCGAGAAUUUCGGCUUUUUCACCCGCUCAAGCCUCUCCGAUAUUGAGAACGCCACAGGAUUCGACAACCACAUCAUCUACGCUAUCCUCCACGAGGCCAUCUACUGCGAAAAGCCAGGCUGGGCUUCUGACUGGGCGGCUUACCGAGUCGGCAAGUCCUUGGAACAGUUUUCCUGGUUGGCACAAGAGCCUAUAAUCUCCGAGGUCGCUGGGCCUCCCCUCUUCUUCUCUGGAGAGAUGAUUUUCCCGCUGCACUUCGAAACGUACCCGGAAUUGAUUGAGCUGCGCGAGGUCGCCGAGAUUCUUGCCAAGUUUACUGACUGGCCUGAGGACCUGUACGACCACGAGCAACUUCGCAACAACGAGGUUCCUGUAUAUGCCGCCAGCUACAUUGACGACAUGUACGUCGACAAUCAAUUCGCCAGGGACACGGCGGCCCUAGUCAAGGGUUGCAAAGUAUACGAGACGAAUCAGCUGUACCACUCUGCGCUGCGCUCCAAGACAGAGGACGUGAUGAGGGAGCUCUUCAAGCUGCGGGACAACCCUAUUGACUAG